UUCACGUGACUGGACGUUCCCUCCUGGUAUUAAGGACAUGAAAGGGAGCGAUACUGUCCGACUUCUGCAACCUGCUCCGAAAACAGGACCAAUAAUAUGAAAAAAUAUUAAAUAACCAACCGCCAUAUAAAAGGGGACAAAAUAACAGGAAAAGGAAGGUCGAUCUUUACUUUUCGGGGUUGUUGUUGUUGCACUGCCUGGACAGCUGCUUUGGACAAGCGGUGUGUGCUAUCCGUUAAACUGAACUCUGGACUUGAAACAUGACUCGAACAUGUCCAUUCCUUGUCGGGAUCGCCUGCCUUGCGAUUCUUGGUUGUGUGACUGUAGUCCAGUCUCAGGUCACUCUGAAGGUGACCGAGGGAAACUCCACCUGUAUAAAAGCCGAACUCUCCGCCUCUUUCUCCAUCACCUAUGACACAGCCAAUGGCACGCGUACGGUGAUGGUGCCCCUCCCAGGUUCGGCGGUGGUGGGUGUGGCCAGCUCGUGUGGGGGUGACGGCCGCUCCCCCUCGCUCGUGGCGUUGUUCGGGGAUGGCCACGCCCUGGGCCUCAGCUUCUCAUCCAAUGUCAGUCUGUACAGCGUCGCUAACCUUACCCUGCAGUACAACCUCAGUGACGUCUCUACCUUCCCAGAGGCCAACGGCACUGAUGUGGUAACUGUGGAGACGACCUCUGUAGGGAUGGUUGCUAGGGUCAACACCACCUACAGAUGUAUCAGCGCCUCACCUGUCAUUGUGGCAGGAGCCACCGUCACCUUCUCAAACGUCACGAUGGAGGCCUACAUGACGGGAGACGAUCUGAGCCCCAACGAGAGUGUGUGUACUGCUGACCAGAGCUUCACCACAGCCCCGCCUCCAUCCCCUCCACCACCACAGCCCCGCCUCCACCCCCUCCACCACCACAGCAGCCCCCAGCCCCUGUCCCCACCCCCUGGAACCCCUAACCAGGGCAGCUACUCUGUCUCCAAUAGCAACGGGACCGUCUGUCUGCUGGCCCGCAUGGCACUGCAGCUCAACAUCUCCCACUUCUCUGCCUCACAGAAUAAGACUAUCCAGGAAGUAGUAAACCUGCAGCCCAAUCAGACGACCAGCUCAGGAUCAUGUGACCCCACCAGCGCCACCCUGGUGCUGACACAGGGCAGUGCCACCAACCUCAGCUUCCUGUUUACUCUGAACACCACGUCUAACAGGUACCACCUGACUGGUCUGUCUGUGGUAGCAGCUUGGUCUGAUAUGACAGCCCCGUUCAACACCAGUAACAGUAGUCUGGACUACCUGCGUGGCUCCCUGGGGCGUAGCUACAUGUGUAGUUCAGAACAGACUCUGGCUGUAGACCAGAACUUCUCCCUCAACACCUUCCACCUGCAGGUCCAGCCCUUCGGCAUCACCAGAGGACAGUUUGCACAAGCGGAGGAGUGUCAGUUGGAUCAGGACAGCAUGUUGAUUCCCAUCGUCGUGGGAGCUGCUCUGGCCGGCCUGGUUCUCAUCGUUCUCAUCGCUUACCUCAUCGGCAGGAAGAGGAGCCAUGCUGGAUACCAGACCAUCUGAGAACACUGACACACAACCUUAUGUGUAUCAAUCAGCACCCUAUUCCCUAUAGAGUGCACUACUUUUAACCAGAGGUCAAUGUGGAUUCUGGUCAAACUUAGUGCACAAUGUAGGGAGUCUUUUCAGGCAGACUGCAGAGAGCCGGACGCUCAGCCAACCACUGCUAUUAAUGACUGACUGGACCAUGUACAAACCAGGCCCUCUCUGCAGUGUGUCUGUCUGUCUGUCUGUGUCUGUGUGUGUGUUAUUCACAGCAACCAACCACUGCUACUAAUGACUGACUGGACCAUGUACAAACCAGGCCCUCUCUGCAGUGUGUCUGUCUGUGUGUCUGUGUGUCUGUGUGUCUGUGUAUUGUUAUUCACAGCAACUCAUCCUCUGCUACCUACUAACAGACUAGUGCCUGGUCAAACCUACCUUCCCCCUCGUCUCUCUGUCUCUAGCCCAUCUCUACUAACAGACUAGUGCCUGGUCAACCUACCUUCCCCCUCGUCUCUCUGUCUCUAGCCCAUCUCUACUGCAGCUGGCUCAGUAUACCCUUGUAGUUCUGAUAUCAUGUUUGACUUGGGUGGAUUCUCACUUUAAACGGAAUUUAUAGAUUUUUUUUUUCUUCUUCAAUUGCAGUUUUUUGUGUAAAUUAAUCCGAUAUUAAAUGAUACAGUAUUCAACUCUUAUGGAAGAGUGGGUCUUUCCUAGAAGCACGUUUUGUGAUGGACUCAACAAGCUUCCCUUCCUUCCUCAUCUCCUUUCCUUCAGGACCGCCAUCUUUUCUAUGACAUCACCUAGGGAGGUCUGAAGACUCCUGUGGGGGAACACAAAGGGAAACUUGAAUGUCUAACACCUCCUCCUCUCUGGUCAGGAAUACUGACCGGAUUAUGUUGUAGGUCACAGGAACAUUUGAAAGGCCUUGUGGGGGGGGGGGUGAUGAUUAUGUGUUUUGUGGUUUUACUGCGUUUCAUAACAAAAGGUUGUGGACGCUGUCGGACUGAGGAACAGAACAAGGUUGUUUCAUGAUGGAUGUGUUGGACUGGUGUGUAAUAUCGUUUAGCUCCUCCCAUGAGAUUGUGUUGACCUGGUGUGUAAUAUCGUUUAGCUCCUCCCCUCUCCUCCCAUGAGAUUGUGUUCAUCCAUUGUAGCGAGUUGAUCUUUUUAUUUUUGUAGAGAAUGUUUUGAUCAUUUUUCUAUUAUGCGUCUUGCUAAGGUCAAUAAAAGACAUCUGAAACACC